CGAGACUUCAACCUCUCGACAACACCAACCCGAAACUCCUUGGGAUCGAAACGACUGUGGUAUCGACACCUUGGUCGCUCACCAAGAAGACCACAACAUGAGCUUCGCGAUCGAGGUGCCCGGCGAUGCCAACCCCCUCAGCCUGCAGGAGCUCUGCCGCGUUCUCGAAUCCGCGACUUCGGCCGACUACGCGCGCAGACAGGCCGCUGGACAACAGCUGACAUCAUGGGAAACGGAGAAGGGAUACUUCUCUUCCCUUCAGACCGUUUUUCUCGAUAAGUCCCUUCCCCACGAGCUUCGAUUCCUAGCCGUCAUUCAGCUUAAGAACGGCAUCGACAAGUACUGGCGCCUGCUCCCCCACGUCAAAGGUGGACUGGACCCGGAAGAGAAGAAUGUCGUCCGGCAACGCUUGUUCCAGGGCACGCUCGAAGAGGAGGAGACAGGACUGUCGCUGCACAACUCCCUCGUCACCGCUAAAGUCAUUAGGAUUGACUACCCGCAGCACUGGCCGGAAGCACUCUCGCAAAUCAUCGGCUUGGUCAGGUCCUCAAAGAACGGCAACCAGCAGCAUCUUUAUGGUUCUCUCCAGAUCCUCCUUCGCGUUGUGAAGGAGCUGGGCACCGCUCGCCUCAGAAGAUCCCAAACCGCCCUCCAGUCUGUCACCCCCGAAAUGGUGUACUUGCUGGGAGAGAUUUACACAGAAAAGUCAGCAGUCUGGGUUGAUUAUCUCACGAGUGGUCGUGGCGAGGAGGAUGCAGCCGAUGCGGCUAUGCUCAACAGUCUCAUCUCUCUCAAAACCAUUAGACGGUUGCUCGUGGUAGGCUAUGAGGCUCCUCAUAACGACAAGACGGUCGAACAGUUUUGGACCGUGUCUCAAAAUCACUUUGGCCAAUUUCUUGGCUUUGUGAGCCACGACUCACCAGUCCCGGCACCCUAUCAAGAUACGGUAGGAAAGCACCUCCUGCAGUUUACAAAGCUGCAUAUCGACAUGUCCGAGGCGCAUCCCGCCAGUUUCGCCGUUUUGCCCAAUUCUUUACCCUUGGUCCACGCCUACUGGGAUCUCGUUGCGAAGUUUGCAGAAGUUUUCGAAAAGUCAGGUGGCAUCCGGCAGUCUUCCGGUGAUUCGGGUCCAUCAGAGUCAAAGUCAAAGGUCGAGGGACCCUUGCUGGAAAGACUGGCCCUGAGGGGCCUGCUGCUGAUGAGAGCAUGCUUGAGGAUUGCAUUUUAUCCCAAGCAGACGUUCAAAUUCCGGAGUGCGGAAGCUAAGAAGGACGAGAAUGAUGCUGUUGCGCUCAUCAAGCAAGAGCUUCUCAAGGAUGAUUUCGUGGUCCAGAUGGCGAAUAUCAUCAUCACACAUCUCUUCGUCUUCCGGAAGGCAGAUCUCGAUGCAUGGGAGGAAGACCCCGAGGAGUGGGAACAACAGGAACAGAGUGAGGGCAACGCCUACGAAUGGGAAGUCCGCCCCUGCGCUGAGAAGCUCUUCCUUGACUUGCUUGUCAACUUCAAGGAUCUCAUGAUACCACCUCUGCUUUCUUACUUCCAAACUGCGUCAAAUUCACAGUCAGAUAUCGCUACAAAGGAAGCAGUGUAUACGGCUAUGGGCUUGGCUGCACCCAACGUCAUGAACGCAUUCGAUUUUGAUAGUCUCUUGGUCUCGACUGUUCUUCAAGAUGCGCAGCAACAGGGGCCCUUGUAUAAGGUUCUCCGCAGACGCAUCGCAAUCAUGGUCAGCCAAUGGGUUACGGUCAAGAUUGCCGACAACAGUAGACCACUCAUCUACGAAAUGUUCCGCCACUUUCUCAAUCCCGCGGACCCGAACAACGACAUUGUCGUCAGAAUCACAGCCGCGCGUCAGCUGCGGUGGAUCGUGGACGAGCUUGCCUUCAGCGCAGAGGCUUUCCUCCCCUAUGCAGCUGAUGUGCUUAAUGAGCUACUUCAGCUCAUCCAAAAUGUCGACGUGGACGAGACCAAGCUCGCCGUGCUGGAGUCUAUGCGUAUCUUGGUCACGAGACUAGAGAAUUACGUCUCUCAGUUCGCAGACUUUAUCAUGUCAAGCCUACCGAGCAUUUGGGAAAACUCUGGAACGGAGGAGUACAUGAUAAAACAGGCCAUCAUCGCGAUUUUUGCCGCGCUGGUUAUGUCCAUGGGCAGCGACUCUCAGAGAUACCAUCACCUGAUGGUCCCAUUGCUCUCAGAAGCAGCCAAACCGGGCUCCGACCUGCACACGUACCUGAUUGACGAGGCAUUGGAGCUAUGGAACUCUGUUCUCAUGCAGAGCAACCCGCCCUUAUCCGCAGAUAUUAUGAGCAUCGCGGAAUUAUCACUUCCCCUGCUGGAGUAUCAAACGGAGACCGCUGCGCAGGCUUUGUCCGUGGUUGAGUCCUACAUUCUCCUUGGCACACAAGCUGUCAUGGAAGAUAGAUUGCGGCGUCCAUUCUUGGUCGCUCUGUCAGGCGUUCUAGACUCUAGAAGCCGAGAGCAGGUCAGACUCGGCACCGUGUGCAUUGAAUAUCUGAUUCGGGCCGCCUCUGAGCUCGGCGGAACCCAGGUGAUUACGCAGGAUCUUCUCGAACUUGGUUUCUUGAAGAAGAUUAUGGAGGCUCUCCACGAUGCUUGGGAGGCACACCAGACGACCGGACCGAACAGGAAGGUCAGCAAGCUCAACACGAUAACAGAACGCGACUACUUUGCAAUUCUCUCACGACUCCUUAUCGCCGACCCGACACUCUUCGUCACCAUGCUCACAUCUUUCGGGCCUCUGGAACAGGUCUGGGCCUGGCUCAGCGGCGAGUGGUUCUCUCACCUCGACGGGCUGGAUCAUCUUCCUAGGCAGAAGCUGUCUCUCCUGGCCCUGGCGCGUCUGAUGGAGCUCCCGCAGCCCAUGCAGAACCUCACACUGAGUAAGUUGCAAGACUAUUUCACGCUGUGGGUUGGCACCAUUGCCGAGCUCCAGGACGGCACGACGGACGGCACCGACUCGCUCAUCUGGGGUGAACUCGAGCCUACGGAUUACGAUACGCCCAAGAGCAUCAAGGAAACGGAGUUCGGCGCCAAAGACCCCGUGCACACGAUCAACGCCAUGAGAUUCGUGAAGGAGAGGCUGCAGGAUAUCGUCCAGCGCUCCGGUGGAGAACAGCAGUUUGAGCAGGAGUGGGCUGCCAACGUGGACAAGGAUGUUUUGCAGAAGUUUUGGUCGUUGACGCAGAUCACGGGUGCUUAGGGAGCCAGUGCUGCAGCUGCUGCGUUUGCGUGAGCUGGUCGUCGGGGCUGAGCUGUAAUAGACGGGAAAACACGGGAAUGAUUAUGAUUUCAUGACGAGGC